AUGUCUCCGGUCAAAGAAUGAGAUGUCUUUUAUGAAUGGUGUCCUUCUUCCAUAUGGCUAGAAGUCAAAGAAUGAGAUGUCUUUUGUGAAUGGUGUCCUUCUUCUAUAUGGCUAGUAGAAGACCUGGGUGAUUUCCGCUCGAAUCGAGCUAUCGCGGCGCCCCUUGAUUUAAAGGGAAAGCGCGAUAGAUCAGGACGCGACAGUACGAGAUCCAGGAAAUUUUAGCAUUCGCCUUCAUCACACUGAAUUGAAUGUCUACAACGGAGGUGAACCGUUCGUGUACUUAUUGUACCAUUUAAUAUGGUAAUCACUCUCUAGCGUGUUGCCCUUCAAAGAAAAUAUGGUAAUCACUUUGUUGUUCGGCGUUGUUUUCGUAGUCGUAUCACUACCAUUCACCUCCACUCUCUAACCCUCGUUGACAACUAUCAAGAAAUAUCCGAUCGCAUCUGCAAGUCUACCAUGCUCCGCGAAGCGCAACGACAAGUUCGCAAUCCCUUUUCCUACAGACCUGGAUUCAAGGAAGUCUGUGGCCCUGUUGCGGAGAAGGAGUGUCGCGCGACUGCAGGGUAUAGUAUUCCUUCUAGACCGAGAAACACCGCAUUAGGAGGAUCGGGACGCUCCUCAAGUUUAAGGAUAUUUAAUUGAAGAUGAAACGUCGUUUAUCAUUUAUAUCAUUUGUGAUUGGUAUUAUUUCUAUUUCCUUUUUUGUAAGCUGAAGACCGUGAAAGGCUUUGGGACCCUAAGGAACCAAACGCAAUAGAUGAAGAAGCAAUUGUUUCAACCUCUAACAAAGAACGACCUACCAUACAAACGAGCAAGAGGUGCUGGCCCGGAGGGUUCACAGACGAAUCCAAGUGGUGGUGGUAAUAAGAAAGAUAGAAGACAGCUGAUGCCUGCUGACGGUAAGAUUACUCGUUUGGUAGUGCCUCCAGGUGCUCCUAGUGGAGGAUCCAGCGCCUUGCCCGCUUGGCAGCGUCGAUUUUGGGGACAAGCCUUGGCACGUCAGCACAUGACCUGUCUCAUCGAUUUGCCAGAAGCCAGACAGACUGAAAAAUGUUCUGCGGAGGUAACCAGAAUGACCAAGUUGAGUUCCCAGGACAUCCGCUUACAUCCGCAACUAGGCAGACGAUGUGCGAAUGAGAUCCAGAAGUUUUGCAGCCAUUUGAGUCCGGGAAACAGUCGGGUGUUGACGUGCCUAAAAGCAGAAUUGAUGGAGAAACAGAAGGAGGUAUCUAAAAUAUACUAUUUCGAGAAGGAGGCUGUAUUAUAGGUUGCUAAAAUUGAAGUUAGUAGAAGUACCUUCGCGAUUAAUAUGAUCUACGUUUUUCCAUCACCACCUCCUAAGAGCAGCAGUACUGUCACUCAAAGUACAACUAUCAUCAACCACUCUACGUUCAAGGUAAUGCUAUCCUACGCAGCUGCCGACAAAUCCGCAAACCAACCUGGUGCCAUGAGUCGAAGCGCCGCUUCCUCUACUGGUUUUAACCGUCUGUGCAUGCUCGCAGUGUCUCGCAUCGUCGUACCUCAGAAUGCUUUGGACACCUAUAAGAAGUUCCGUCAAGCAAGUGGAGGCAACCUGGAUCUCUCCUCAAAAGCACUGCAGAAAAUAGGGUUGCUGAAAGACGGCGAACUGUCGUUCCUCACGUUGCGAGGUCCAUUUGCACUGCUGGCGCUACUGAGUCUAGUGUUCUCUUACGGCUGAUGCUGAUGAUUCAAAUUUAUAGAUAGUAACUACUUUUACACAACAGAGUCUGAGUCUGUGGAGAACGGUCGGCGACUGAAGAACGGUGACAAGCACUAUACCCGUAAGAACAAGAACUCAACCCUACUUCACCAUCCUCUAAUCCUCUUCCCUCACCAUUUGCUAUAUUUGCUACCGCCGGCAAAAGACAGCGGGCUACACCAGUUACGUUCCUGAUGAUGCUUCGGUCGGUGGCUUGGAGGCUGACGUGAUUCCACCAGCGGCUGAAGUUGAAAAAGCAGUCAGAAAAAUCGCGCAAGAAUAAUAGGGUUGUACUUAUGUAAAACUAGGGUUGUAGAACUAAAAUCUGUGAAGACUUAUGUAUUUGUUCCUUCCUGGAACUAGAAGAAAUUUAAUGGACCUCCCAUAGAAAAAGCUUUCCAAGUUGUAGUAUGAUUUUUGUAGAGGACCACGACACGGUUGUAAGUGCAGCUCUUGCGUGGUCAUAAAUGAAAAUGUUGUUACCAUCAAGAAGACAAGAAGUACCCCUUUACUAGUAUCUCAAAACGAGUUCUUCUUUCUGCUUUUAUUACGCAGUGAGAUGAUUAAGGUGUAGAAAAGCCCCACUUCUGUACAAUUACAAACCAUUUCCUGUUUUCUACUUAAACAAACCCCUGUAGUGCAAACCCCUGUGGUACAAACCUGUUGCCGUGAUCUGGAUCGAAAAAUUGUUUGCCAGCGCACAAAGUGGUAAUGGUAUAGCAUUCAGAGGACCAUUUCCUCGAAAGAACUAAACACAAGAGCAC